AUGCUGGUAGGUCUAUUUGCGUACGCGCUGCCGCCUUCAGUGCGGACGUCCCAGUCAUCGAUGGCUCGACCCUACCGUCCAGCUCUUGAUCAGGGCUUUGGUCUCGUAGAAAAGUGUCACUAUGCGCACGGGAACGAAACUUGCAAGCCACGUCCUUCAAGCGACUCUAGGAGAAGACGAUCAAACAAGUUGCCGGCGAUGACGUCGUCCGAAAAAGUACAUAUCUUACUUCUGUGUUCAUUAUUUCACAACAUGAAUGAAUGGCACAACACCAAUGUACCUUUGCAUCCACUGCUGUUGAUGCUUAUGCCCACUGCCGUCUCUACUUUUUGUCACGGCCAUCCUCUUGAAUACGUAGGACUUAACAAUGCGAAGAUGUUAUUGUCCAAAUUCCUUUCUGACAUUGUAUGUACAUCCCUCCUUUUCUUGUGUCUUUUCCGAAUCCCCUUCCCCAUCAAUGUCCUCCAGCCAAGUCAAGAGUAA